CGUCAAUAGCUGUUCCCACCCGUUCUCAAUGGCAGCGCAGAAGCAGGUAACAGGUAGCAGGCUAGCUCUCUAGCUUCUUGCAGGCGAGAUCAGUUCAUGCUUAGUUUGAGAUUUCAUUACUGUUUCUUAAUCACCAUCACUCAUUCACUGUAUCUGUGUAUCUGCAUCAGUAGUAGUAAACGAAACCGGAAUUUCCGGAGGAUUCUCCUUCUCUUCUCUGCUUUUAAGCUAUACUUUCUUCUUCAAUUUCCAUUUCUCGCUUUCAUCUAGGGUUCCAUUAUGUUCGAUCUCAACUCCAUCCAUCACGACGAUGAACCAUCACCGUUCGAUUCACCUUCAGCAUCGCUAUGUUUGGAUCUCUGGCAAGCUUGUGCCGGUCCUCUCAUUUCUCUUCCUAAGAAAGGAACUCCUAUGGUUUACUUUCCACAAGCACAUCUCCAAUUCCUCUCCGAUCUUCCUCCUCACGUUUUCUGUCGAGUUCUUCAUGUAAAACUCCUUCAUGCAGAUGCCGCCAUUGAUGAUGUUUAUGCUCAAGUUUUUCUCAUUCCUGAUCCCGAGAUUGUGGAACAAUGUGAGAAGGAAGAAGAAGAAGAUGAAAAAUCAAUCACGCCUCACAUGUUCUGCAAGACUCUAACCGCUUCUGAUACUAGCUCUCAUGGCGGUUUCUCCGUCCCUCGUCGUGCUGCAGAAGACUGUUUUCCUCCAUUGGACUACAAACAACAGAGACCGUCUCAAGAACUCGUGGCGAAAGAUUUGCAUGGGAUUGAAUGGAGGUUUCGCCAUAUCUAUCGCGGUCAACCUCGAAGGCAUCUACUCACCACUGGCUGGAGUGCAUUUGUGAACAAGAACAAGCUUAUUUCUGGAGAUGCUGUGCUCUUUCUGAGAGGUAAUGAUGGCGAGUUAAGAUUAGGAAUCAGAAGAGCAAAUCAGUUUAAGAACUGCCGUGACUCUACGAAUGUAUAUAGUAUGGGUAGCACGAUGAGUGAUGUUGUUCAUGCUGUAUCUAUGGGAAGAGUUUUUAACAUUUGUUACAAUCCAAAGGCUAUCAUGUUGGAUUUUCUUAUACCAUACCAUAGAUUUGCUAGAAGUCUUGCUCAUAACUUUGUUGCUGGAUCGAGGUUCGUAAUGUGUGCUGAUGCAGAAGAUGGAGAUGAUAGAAGGUCUGCUGGAGUGAUUACCGGGGUUAGUGAUGUGGAUCCUGUUCGUUGGCCAUGCUCAAAGUGGAGGUGCCUCGAGGUAAGGUGGGACAACAGAGAAACAAUUCGAAACAACAGAGUUUCUCCAUGGGAAAUUGAGCUGUCUGGAAUGGUUUCCAAAACGAACAAUUUGAUUCCAUAUGGUGUGAAGAGGAGUCGAGUUGAUAUGCCCCAUACGAAACCACCAGACUUUGGCGAACCAUUGAGGUUCCAGAAGGUCUUGCAAGGUCAAGAAAUCAUUGAUCGGAAUCAUAACCCGAUCAAUUCAAGGUGUAUCACCCAUAAUGAUGGGGGCAGAAGCGUGGGAUUCUUUGAAUCGAUGGGAUUCAACAAUAGGGUCUUGCAAGGUCAAGAAAUAUUACCGGUUAGAGCUAUGGUUAAAGAAAAGGACACGUUUAUUAAGUUUAUGGCAACAUCAACCGAAGGUGAAAGAGCUACACAUUCUUGUAGACUAUUUGGUUUUCCCUUAAUCGAGGGUAAAAACAACACGAAUAAUACCAAACCGUGUCAAGUUGUUUUCCCCUGAUAUGGCGAUAUCUGUCCGGUUAGAGAUUUUGUCACUUGAUAUUUUGCAAUUCUUAAGAAUGCAUGAAAAAUGCGAUUUUGUAGUAACAUUGGAAACUUUGUAACUUGUUUGUGUCUGAUUUU